AGUCUAUACCGCGCAUCUCCGACAGUUCAAACGGUCAGCGGCCGAGUGUCAGCCACAUCCGGCCACCACCACCAUCAUCAUCCCGACCGGAAGUACCCGCCUGACCAGUGCACCAUGACGAACAAUCGUAACCGAACACCGACCGGACAGAUACGGGACGAUUUUCUACUCGAAACCAACUUCGACGACGAUGGUGCGCUGACCCGUGCGUACAACACGCUUCCACAGCAACAGGCAGCAGCCCUUAACAGUGGGCUUCAGCGGCGUAGCAUAGCUUAUCGUUCGAACUUAUCGGUGGAUCGAUACUCGGAGACGACCCUACACGGGAAACCACCGCGGAAAGGUGGAUGCUGCAAAUCAUGCGUAACGCGGAUACCGUACGCGACACUGAUCGCGACGGUCAUGUGCCUUAUCGGAGUUGGCGUGUUCUGCGGUACGAUGUUCCGCGGUACCUCGCUCGCGAUCAUCAUGCUCGAUCAGGUGUUCCAUCUGCGUCUGCCCUGGAUCGAAGCGGUGCAAAUAAUUUUCGUCGUAAUCGGUGCAUCGAUGGCCGCGCUCGGGCUAAUGAUUCUGUUUGUGGGCUUCCUGGCGACUGGCGCUACCCGGCACAAGGUGUACCGGGCGUGGGGAUCGCGCGUCGGUGGACGCAUUUCCUGUGCCGUCUUUAUGGCCAUCUCGUACGUGCUAAACAUUGCGUGGAUUCUGAUCCUCUGCUUCCUCUCGAUCGUAACGUUUGUGUUUACGGUGUUUUGGAAUAUGUGUGCCAACACGAACGUACAGACGCACCGGGAUUGUAUCGAUCUGACGCAGUUCUACUUUAUGUUCCCGGAUGGCGUAAAGCAGGAGGACAUGAAGAUCUGCGAACCCGCAAAAGUGAAAGCAUUCUGCAAGGAUGGUGUGGAAAAGUGUGAAAUCAUGUUUAUCCUUGCAACGGUUUCGUGCCUGCUGAUCAUACUUAGCUUCGUGCAUUACCUGAUGUGCCUGGCCGCCAACUAUGCGCACAUACGCGAUCACGAAAAGUUCCAGGAGCUGCAGGAAAUUCAAAAUCUCACCGAGAUGGAGUACAGUGCCGCGUCAAAGGAUCGGUUCUAGGAUACGGCCCAGGAGAUCUACAUUGAGCACAGCACAUGAGGGUGGCCCCACACUGGUAAGCCCGCAUAUGGCGCUGUACGAGCAGCUUACGUUUAAAUUUGCC